ACACGCUCUAGCGGCACCGCUGCCAGCGCACGCUGGCGGCGGUUGUUCCCCUCCCCCGCACGAUCGAGCAGCAGGACCGGAAGUAGGUCACGUCUCCUGGUUGCUAAGAGACUGGGCUUCCACAAACCAGAGGUUCUCUGGCUUCUUUUCCUACCUUUCUCCACUUCAGCGUCUCUGAAUCUCGUCAUCAUGUCGGACCCAGAAACUGAAGUCUUGCGAAGCACCUUUCCCUCUUACAUGGCGGAGGGCGAGCGGCUUUAUCUCUGCGGGGAGUUCUCUAAAGCCGCUCUUAGCUUCAGCAAUGCUCUUCACAUUCAGAAUGGAGAUAAGAACUGCCUGGUUGCCCGCUCCAAGUGCUUCCUGAAGAUGGGAGAGUUGGAGAAAUCCCUGAAGGAUGCUGAGGCUUCACUCCAGAGUGACCCAACUUUCUGCAAGGGGAUUUUGCAAAAGGCUGAGACCCUGUAUACCAUGGGAGACUUUGAGUUUGCCUUGGUGUUCUAUCAUCGAGGCUAUAAGCUGCGGCCUGAUCGGGAAUUCAAAGUGGGAAUUCAGAAAGCCCAGGAAGCCAUCAACAACUCAGUGGGAAGUCCUUCUUCAAUUAAGCUGGAGAACAAAGGGGAUCUCUCCUUCUUAAGCAAGCAGGCUGAGAGUAUGAAAGCCCAGCAGAAGUCAUAUCCCAUGAGACAGCUCUUACACCACCGCGAGAAAGAGUCUAAGCGGAAGGGUUCGCUUAAGAGUGAGAAGAUUGUCCGCCAGCUCCUGGGCGAGCUCUACGUGGACAAGGAGUAUCUGGAGAAGCUCCUAUUGGAUGAAGACCUGAUCAAAGGCACCAUCAAGCAUGGCCUGACCGUGGAGGACCUCAUCAUUACGGGCAUCAACUACCUGGACACCCGCAGUCACUUCUGGAGGCAGCAGAAGCCCAUCUACGCCAGGGAGCGCGACCGGAAUCUGAUGCAAGAGAAAUGGCUGCGGGAGCGUAAACGCCGGCCCUCGCAGACAGUCCAUUACAUCCUCAAGAGCCUGGAGGACAUUGACAUGUUGCUGACCAGUGGCAAUGCUGAAGGGAGCCUUCAGAAAGCGGAGAAAGUGCUGAAGAAGGUGCUGGAAUGGAACAAAGAAGAUGUCCCCAACAAGGAUGAGUUGGUUGGAAACUUGUACAGCUGCAUGGGGAAUGCCCAGAUUGAGCUGGGGCAGAUGGCAGCAGCCCUGCAGAGCCACAGGAAGGACCUGGAGAUCGCCAAGGAAUAUGACCUUCCUGAUGCCAAGUCAAGAGCCCUUGACAACAUUGGCAGGGUUUUUGCCAGAGUUGGGAAAUUCCAGCAAGCCAUUGACACGUGGGAGGAGAAGAUCCCUCUGGCAAAAACCACCCUGGAGAAGACCUGGCUGUUCCAUGAGAUCGGCCGCUGUUACUUGGAGCUGGACCAGGCCUGGCAGGCCCAGAGUUACGGUGAGAAGUCCCAGCAGUGCGCCGAGGAAGAAGGGGACAUUGAGUGGCAGCUGAACGCCAGUGUUCUGGUGGCACAGGCACAAGUGAAGCUGAGAGACUUCGAGUCGGACCGUGAACAAACUUUGAGAAGGCCCGGAGGAAAGCAAACUCGUCCACAACAACAAGCACAGCAAGCUAUCAUCAGUGCUUUGGACGAUGCCAACAAGAACGUCAUUGAUGAGCUGAAGAAAAGGAACUACAGGGAUUCGCUGAAAGAAAAGAAAGAGAAAAAAGAGGUUGAUGACGUGGAUAAUACAUCAGUGAUGACAAGGGAGAAGGAAACGAGAAGAGAGAGAGGCAGACGUGAGAAGGUGAUAAAGAAGUGGGAAAGUAGGCAAACUGAGAGUGAGAAAGAGACAGAAGAUGAGCUGAUGAUCACAGAGAGCGAAGACGAAGAAGAAGAAGAAAAGAGGCAGAGAAAAAAAGGCAGCUCCUUAAGAAGAGAACCGGGAGCCAUGGGGACUGUUUCAGGAGACAUUGCCAAGAGACUGUCCAGAGAACUAGCCAUAAGAAGAAUGGAAGAAGAAGGCAGGAAACUGUCAGAAGUGAGCAAAAGGGAAUCAAGAGAAAUUUACAGGAGGCCAUCAUAUCUGGACCAAAAAUUAUCAGAAGAUUUAAUCGGAAGACAAUUGGAAGAACUAAAGGAGAAACUUUCAGAAACCGGCAGGAGAAAGUCAGAAGAACUGGGGAAAAUAGAAUUGGGAGAAAUAGGAGAAAUGAAAACAGAAAAUCCUAGAAAAAUGGAAAAAGGUGAAAAGGAAGAUGAAUGCAGCCAUCGUCAGUAGGCAUUAGGAUCAGGAGGCUGGUGUUUGCAGGGACCAGGGGGCUUUGAUUAAAUUAGACUUGCAAGUGGAGGAAAAAAUGUGGCCUGGGCUCUAUAGGUCAUCUCUGCCUCCUCCUGUUACUGUUUUCCUUUUAAAUAUACAUCGUUCACCCUUACAAACCCUGGUCUGUCAUUUUGCCUCCUCACCCUCCACCCGUUCUCAAAAGAGCCUCAGAGAAUGAACGACCGAGCAUGGGGUACCACUUCCCAACCAGAACUCUGAUCUUACCCUGACUGGGAAACACACAGACCCUCAAACAAGGCCUAACACAGAGUGCGUGUGAUCAAGGUGUGAUGUGCGGUCCUCUUCCCCAGGCCCUGUCCAAGAACCUCAUGGAAGAAUGAGAAAGGUACUAAGAAAGGGUUUCAAGAGGGUGAAGAAACAGAUGAGGACCAAGGAACCAGGGCAGCU